CAACUAACUCUUGGUUUUUAGUUUUUCUGUCUUUUUCUAUUGUACGUAUCAGCGCUUUGAUUUUUAACACACAUUAUCGUUACUAGUAUUAUUCAGUCUUCCUUAGGCACUUGAUAGGCAAACACCAAUUUAUUUAAAAAAUAAUUAAUAUUAAGCCUAACUUAAUUUACAAAAAUUAAAAAAUAUAUUUAGCCUUAUUUCAAGGAAAAUUACAAUGUGAAAUAAAUUAAUACAUAUCAUUUAAUUGAUAUCAAAUAUGUCAUAAAAUAUGUCAUGGACUUUUCAGUGUUAUAAUAACAAUAAUAAUUUGUGAUAAUGGAACAAUUAUAUGUAGAAAAAUAUAUCAUCGAAUUAAAUUCUUACAGUUAAAAAAAAAUCCUUCAAAGAUUUAUUUAUAAAAACUGUUUAUAGUAUCUAUGGCACGUUUAUGUUAUGUAGUUUUAAAAAAAAACAAAUAUCAAAAAUUAUAUUAAAUCAGUUGCAAAUAUUACAUGAUGAUUUAGAAAUGAUAUAUUUUUAUCUAGAAAAAUAAAAAAAGAAAAUUAUUUUAAAUAAAAUUUCUAUUUCGUACAGUUUUAUGAUUGAUCGUGAAUAUAAUUAAGAGAUACAUAUACUCUUUAAUUAAAUUAAAUCCAUGAGAAAAAAAUUCAAUUCAACAUGAACAAUCAAUGAAUGACUGAAAAAUUAAAAAAUAUAUUAAUUAUCGUAUUAAGACUGAUAGCAGAAGAAUUUUCAUCAUAAAAAUAUUUAAAAAAAUUUAAUUAAUACAUUGAUUUAACAAAAAAAAAAAAAUAAGAGGGUCUCUAACAACGAGGACAAUUUAUUCAUCAAAAAGAAAAAUAAAUAUAAAUUAUUAAAAAUGUACGACGGAGGAAACACAAAUUAUCAGAUUUCGACUCUUGUAUCACACAGAGAACGACAAUUAUGUUCUGAUAGAAGUUUACUUGCUGUGGCAAGAGUUGGACAAGCAGUUAAUCUUGCUGUUGAAAGAUUUGUAACAGUUGGUGAAACAAUUGCUGAUGAUAAUCCAGAAAUAAAACAAACAAUGUAUGAAGCAUGUAAAGAAGCAAGAGUUGCUGGUGGAACAAUAGAAAAAUUAUGUGAAUGUGCAGUAGAUGAUAGUCUUGCUGAUAGAAGUUCUGUUGUAAGAGCAGCAAGAUGUCUAUUAGGUUCAGUAACAAGAGUACUUCUAUUAGCUGAUAUUGUUGUUGUUAAACAAUUAUUAUUAGCUAAAGAUAAAGUUGCACGUAGUCUUGGUCGUCUUGAAAGUGUUUCAAAUUUUACAGAAUUUGUUAAAGCAUUUAGUCAAUUUGGUGCAGAAAUGGUUGAACUAGCACAUUUAACAGGUGAUAGACAGAAUGAUUUAAAGGAUGAACGACGUCGUGCACAAAUGGCAGCUGCUCGUCAAGUACUUGAACGAAGUACAAUGAUGUUAUUAACAUCUAGUAAAGCAUGUUUAAGACAUCCAGAGUGCCUUUCAACUAAAGAAAAUCGUGACACUGUUUUUUGUCAAAUGAGAAGAGCUAUGGAUUUAAUACAUUAUGUUGUUAAAGAUGGAGUUCUUGAUUGUAGUGAAUCACAAUCAUAUGCAAGUUCUCAGAGUCCUCAGCAAGAUUGGGAUAGCAGUACAGUAUGUUCAGCCUUGAAACAAUUUGAACGUCUUGUAGAAACAACAAGAAUAACACUAUUAGUGCCAGAAUGUAGAGAUAGUUUAACAUCUGCACUUGACACUGUAGUUGAAAGAACACAAGAUUUUACUGAUAGUGCAUAUACAAGUCACGAACAUAGAGAAAAUAUAUUACUAUUAUGUGAUCGUGCUAAAUUGGAACUAAAUACACUUUUAAGAAUAGUAAAUAGUAUGCAAACAUUUGAUAAAGAUGCUUGCUCACCAAAUUCAGAAAUGGAACAAGCUGUAUUAAGUGUAUUAAGAGGUACAAGAGAUUUACGACAACAAUUGGCAACAACAACAAUGGAACAAGCUGGUGAUCUUAGUCAAAUAACAAAAGGAGGUCAAGAACUUGUUUCAACAAUAAGAAAUCUUGCUCUUAAUAGUGAACUUGAUAGAUUACAAGAAAAUUGUGAUCGUUUUCAUGAAUACAUUGAACAUAUAUUAGAAGUAUGUAAAUUAUUAAGGCACAUUGCACUUUCAGAAUCAUUACAAGUAUCAGCUAAAUUUACGGAAAUUAAUUUACGAAUAUAUGGUCCACAAGUUGUUACUGCUGCAUAUACACUUGCAAGGUAUCCAUCAAGUAAAAUUGCUAAAGAAAAUCUUGAAGUAUUUGCGGAUAUGUGGCAAUGGCUUAUGUCAGAUGUAACAACAGUAGCUAAAGAUGUAUUAGAACUUAUACAAAGUCGUCCGGAAAAACAAGUCUACAUGUCAUUACCAAGACCUGGUAAACAUGGAACAACUAGUAAACCAUUAAAACCAGUAAGACUUGAUAGUGAAGAACAAGCUAAAAUAGCAAAAGCUGGACUAGAAAUGAAAUUAAUAACAUCAGAAAUGGAUGCUGAGACAGAAAAAUGGCAAGAAAGUGGUUCUGCAUUAGAAGAAAAUAAUGAUAUUGUUAAAAGAGCAAAAAAUAUGUCUUCCAUGGCUUUUUCAAUGUAUCAAUUUACAAGAGGUGAAGGAGCAUUAAAAACAACACAAGAUCUUUUUACACAAGCUGAAUAUUUUGCUGAAGAAGCUAAUAGAUUAUAUAAAGUUGUUAGACAAUUUAGCUAUCAGGUUCCAGGUGGAUCACAAAAAAAAGAACUAUUAGAAAAUUUAGAUCGAAUUCCAACGUAUGUACAACAAUUACAAUUUACUGUUAAAAAUCCAACAGUUGGAAAGGCUGCAACAUUUUCAAAAGUUGAUAAUGUUAUACAAGAAACUAAAAAUUUAAUGAAUGUUAUAUCAAAAGUUGUAACAACAUGUUUUGAAUGUGCAACAAAGUAUAAUUUGGACUUUCGAGGUUUAUCAGCACAUGGAUCUGGUUCUGGAUAUAGAGGUGGUGAAAAUGCUGGUGAUGGUGAUGGUACUGGAGUUGGAGCAGAUGGUAUUAAAUCAGGUUCAGCACCUGGUAGUGAUCCGUCUGUCUGACAGUUUGGAAUGGCCCGUCGGGCCAAAGGUGAUACACGUCGUACUCGAGUAUCAUUUCUUUUAUUUUAAAAGAAAUAUAUACUUUAUAUUUAUAUGCGUAUUUAAAUGUCAGUACUUUGAGAAUGAUUAUGUCUGUUUGAGUAUUAUUUACUGGACAAUAGUUAAAAAAAAAUAACAAAUUUUAACAAUCAGUAUUUAUUUAUUAUCAGAAAAAAAAUAAUAAAAUACAUUUUGAUAAUGCAAUAGAAAAAAAUAAUAUACAUGUCUGUAUUUUAAAUUACAAAGCCAAAAAAUUUUUUUUGAUUAUUUUGCUAUGUACAAUGCUUCGACAUAGUUUAAACCAAUAGUUAGAAAAACAAUUAAUUCAUUUAUCAAAUUUAAAAAAAAAUAAAAAUAAAAUACCAUUAAUGGUAAUGUGUUCCCCAACCCCUACCUCCCAACCACCCACCACCCUGGUAAAGCGAAUACUUUUAUAAGAAAGAUUUGUAAAUAAAAAAUUGUUCAACAUAUGUUAUAAGUCAUAAAAAAAAAAAUCAUUUUUCACCAAUCCAUAAAUAUGAAAAUUUAAAAACAAAUUUAAAAUAUUUUUUAUCGUAAAAAAAUAUUAUCAAAUGUAUGGAUUAAUAAAACAUACUGGCUCAAAUUGUUAAGCAAUUUUGAAAUGCCAUGAAUACUUAAAUUUUAUUUAUCAAAAAAACAAAUAUAUCUUUAAUAAUAAUUAUCUCAAAAGUCUGAUUAUUCAUGGAAGUAAUAUCAGUGGCAUCAUGUCAUUUCAUUUUUUUUUUUUUUCAUUGUGAAUAUUGAAUUUAAAUAUAUCGUAAAUUAAUUUUAUAAAUUUAUCUCUCUAAUACUUGUAUUAUUUUGAAUUUAAUAUUUUCUUGAUAUAUUAGAAGACAAUAGAUUUAUAGAGCUUUGAAAAAUUUUUAAAUAUUUGUCGUUUAUCUUGACAAUAAAAUUAAUUUCACUUAAUAACUUUUUACUGGUAUAUAAAAAAAAACAAUUUAUAUAAAUCUCUUGUCAUAGUAAAAUAAGUUCAAAAAAUAUCAAAAUUUGUUUUUUAUUUUUUGUUAGAUAUUGAAAAGUAAAAAAAUAUAUAUAUCAAAAUUAUGAAAGUUUUAAUAACACCUGAUUCAUCGAUUUAUGUUUAUUUAUGCAAAUUUUUUUUUUUUUUUUAUACAUUCAUCGACCCAGAUUAAAUGUCUUAUGUACAGAAACGUCAUUUUUUUCUGGCGUGUUGUCUCUACUUAUCGUUAAUAAAAAUUCAAAUUGUUAAGCUGUAAACACAUCGUUUAAAAAUAUGUGAAAUCAAAUUCUAUGAAUAAAAAAAAAAAAAAAGAAAAUUUUAGAAAUGAUAAUGUUAAAUUCAAAUUUACUAUGUCAGUUUAAAAAAAAAAAUAUAUGAAAAAACAAAAAUGACCAAUUUUUAUUGAUUGACAUUAUUAAUAUCAUGUGAAUAUUUCAGCAAUAAAAAUUUCAUGAUUUAUUAUUA